AUCGUGGUUGUCCUCGACGCAAGACCCGGUCGCUGGACACAGGCAAGAAAACCAGAUCCGACGGCCUCCCGGACAUUUACCUUUUCUCCUCUCCGAAGAAAUCUCUCCGGGAGUAUUCACGGGAGAAGAAAGGGAAGCAAGAAUGGCGGAAGAAGGAAAGCCAGAUGCCCAGCUAUUCCAGCUCCUAUCCACGCUCCUCCAACAGGUGGAAUCAUUAAGCAACCAAGAAGAAGUAGAACUGCGUGCCAAGAUAGAAGCACUGGGUCUAGAAGUCACCAAGGUGCCACAAAAACCAUCCAAGCAUCUUGAUGAGCUGGAAAUAGCUGCAGAGUUAGACAAGCUCUCUGCCAAGCUGGAUGAUGUUGACAAGAUGAUAUCCUCAGCCAUGGCUUCUGAUCCACAGGUAAAGUCUCUCUUGAGCAGCACAGCAGAUGUCUGGAUGCCAGUUAUAACUGCAAAUGCCGAUGAAAGGCGUAGUUUUGCUGGGACAAAUGAUGAGAGCAGUCAAGAGCAAGAGGAUUUGCCUGGCCAUUGAAUAUGUGAUGUGCAGCAUCUAAGUGGUUCCUUUUAUCUGGAUAGUUUAUUGCACUGAAGCCUGGGCAAUACAUCUUUACAUAUGUGUCUAAAAUCUUAAUUAAUUAUUAAUUAAUUCCGAGGUUCAUUUGCCAUGGAA